AUGGUAUCUGACCCGCGGCGCAUCGCGCUAACUUGGCCGCUACCGGUACCGCCAGCGUCGUGCUUCGCCACCUCCGCGAAGGCGGGCCACCACCAUCACCAUCAUCAUCACCACCACACCGACCCGCGGGACCCGAAAUCGGACGAAUCGAUCCCCCACUGGUCCUACUGGCACUCACGAUGGAGGGGGAACCCUUGGGUCGAGUCGUGGUGGGGGCACUGGCACGCCCGGCACGCGAUGAAGAAGGCGUACUAUCGUAGCAUGUACGCGCGCGGGUGCCCAAUGACGCCGGCUUUCUGGUGGAAUAUGGGGAUGCCUGAGGGUGCUGGGGCAGAGGCAGGGGGAGCGAAACCAGGAAGGCAGGCAGAUCUGGACGCGAAGCACGAUGCGAAGGAGGCGCACAUGGAGAUGCGGGGCAGUCGAUGGGGCGGUCGAUGGGGACACAGGUUAGUCUACUCUUUCCAUUUCGCACCGCUCAACGAAGUCACCACUUCGUCCAGACACCGCGGUCGCGACUUCGACGGCUAUGGCUCCUCUCGCUGGCCACACCGCUUCGGAAAACACUUCGGUCGUCGCGGCCCCCGCUUCAUCCCCUUCUUCUUUCUCUCUAUCCCCUUCCUGUUCUGCGUCCCAUUCUUCUUCCCGGCCUUCAUAUUCUUGCUCGCUGCACCGUUCAUGUUCAUCAUGAGCAUUCCCAUUAUCAUGCUGCACUUUUUCCUGGACAUUCUCUUUUGGAUCUUCUGA